CAAUGACGAAGAAACUCAACAAAAAUUACACAAAUGUCAAGCACGAUCACCCACCACUAUCAAACCAACGACCACCAAGAGCCAUUCUUGGCACGAUAACGAUUCCACUCCCUUUAUAAAAAUGGAACCCUACGGAGAUUACAAUGACAAUAAUUGGCAAGAGUUUAGACGACGGAUGGACCACCAAGACGAAUCUCAUUCCGCCGUCGGCCAACCUUUCUAUGCCUCUCAGCCUAUGACAAUCUAUCCAAUCGACUAUGCAACUCAAGCCGGCAGUAAUAAUGCCCCCGAUGGGAUCCCCGUACCACGCCUCUUAUUCGCCAGGCAAGUCUCUACACCGCCUCUCGAGCUGACAAACGCUCGAGAAACGCUCCAACACCAGCAUCAGCACCAACCAUCGUCUCGGCCGACUUCACAGUCAUACGGUACCUCGCCGGUAUACUCGAUCUUUGGCAAUGUACCCUCAUCGUACAACUCGGAUAACUCUGACAUGGAGUGGUCACAAGACAACAAUGCGGGCUCUGGCCAAGGACCCGACGCCUCUGCAUUUUCGUCGGUCACGGCCCGCCGCGCCCACGUCGUCGAAUGGAUCUCCAAGACCAACCUCACCCCCGUUCAAGUCCAAAUCGCCCAGUCCAUCAUCUCGUCCAAGUGGUGGGAAAAGGAGGACCCAGAGCCCGAGCUCCGGCCGGACGACCCGCUCAUCACCUCCAAGUUGAUCAACGUCGUAGGUGGUAGUAGAUUCAAGGCGUUCUUGGAUGAGGAUAAUGGCGAUGGAGAGGCCAUCUUGUUGGGGUUGCACAUUCCGUUGCUGGACAAGGGCGUCAAAGAUCUCAGUGUCAUGGGUUACCAUUCACCGCAAAAUACAAGCAAUGACGAAGAAACUCAACAAAAAUUACACAAAU